CUUAAAUUGUCAAAGUGCAUGUUUGGCGUUAUUGUUUGGUGUAUAGUUUCGUUUAUUUUGUGAAAGAAGCUAUGGCGUCUAAAGUAACAUUCAAGAUUACUCUUACAUCAGAUCCCAAACUACCAUUUAAAGUAUAAGAAGAUUGCGAAGAAUUUUGAUGGCAGCUAAAUGACUCAGCUUAUGAUUUAGAAUAUAAAUAAGAUAUGGAGGAAGAUGAAGCGGAACCUGUUCUUCAUCAUAUUGACAAAUUUCUUGUCUUGUGCGAAGAAACUUCAUGGAUAGAAUCUGCAACAGAAACUGCUGUAAAAUAUUCUUUCAAACUGGCUCAGUCUUUGGAAAUGCUUUAUUUGAAAAUGAAUUCAAAUGGUACUGCAAGCAAGUUUGAAGAGCAGUUAAUUAAUUGGUGGAAUAAAAAAAAUAGACAUGUUCCAUUUACAUUCAGUUUCUUUGAGGGAGCUAGUGACAAGUUAUUAAUAUCUUUCCUUUCCAAAGUGAAUGCAGAUGCACACAUAAUAUUUACUGCCAUAGACACAUAUAUUGAUCACUGUGGAAUGAUUAGAUUUGAAACUACAGUCCAAACUUUGCUGUCAGAAAGGGUCUGUGAAAGAACAGUUAUGCAUUUGCUGUCUUUGAAAAAUUGUGACGCAUAUGUGCUGAAAGAUUUUGAGUUUAUACUUAUGUCAAUGUGGACAAAUAAUCUUCUGCAUGGGAAAACAGAAAGAGUUGCACAGUCAGCCAGCAAAGUAAUUUCUGAUGAAAUUUAUGUUCCAUGUUUGUUCAAACUGCUGACUCUGAAAGAAAAGGAUGAAAGUAAUGCCAAUGUUAAAAAAAUUAUCCUAGAGAGAAUACUUUUAACAUUAAGGCAGGGAUCAGGCCCAGAAUUGGUAUUAUGGAAGAAGGUGCUUACAGCAGUUGAUGAAAGAACUGUGGUACUUGUGUCAGAAAGUUAUCCUGAGUUUCUUUCAACUUUCCUAGAGUUUGUGACAGAUGUUGGGAAAAACAUGAGAUGGGAAGUUCCAUAUUUUCUUAAACAUGGAAUUGUUAAAUGGGCUUCAUCAGACUCAAAAGCUUCACUAUCAGAUGAGGAAUUCAAUAUGGUUGUCAAAAUACUAAAAUCUCUUUCCAGUUCUGAAAUCAUAGGUUACCGUAUAUUUGCAUGGUUGGAUGAUUUAGUGUGUAAAUCAGAUUUCCCAUGGAGAGAUGUACGUUGUAUGUGUGUUUCUAAGAACUAAAUUUGAAACACAUUUUAUUAUUUCAUACAUAAGUUGCAAUGUUG